ACGCCGGCGGCGUGGGAGGGGCGGGCCGGCCGGCGCUUCCCCACUUCCCGGCUUCGGCCCCUCCCACAGCCGUUGUGAAGCAACGGCGGCCGCCAGCAUUUAAGGUGGCUCGGGACCUAGAGACCUGGAGGUCCUCUACGCGCCUGCGCGGCUCUCCUUCCGCCCCAAGGGGCCAGACCCGCCGCCAGAUCCCACAAACUCUAGCCUGCUCUCCUUGCCGGAACUAGCCGCCUGGCGGCGCUCUCCCGCGCCCCUCCCCCGCCCGCGCUUCCGCCCGCGCUCCUCCCUCUCUCCUCCUCCAGCGACGCGCACGCGCUCCAGGCCGGCUCGCGCCCUCUCGCUUUUCCACCGGCCCGCGAGAUACCCCCCCUCCCCUUCCGCCUCGCGGCGCUUCCUCGCGCCGCCGUCUUCUCGAUCCACCCCUGACACCGCGGGGCUCCCCCCCGCCCGCCAACGGCGGGUCCCCUGCCCGUCGAUCUCUCUCGCUUCCCGCGCUCUCCAGCUGGGGCCCAUCCCCGGGCCCUCCUCUCCCUUCACUCUUUAAUUUCUCUUCCGGACGCUGCCAUCAUGUUAAAGCCUCAGCCGCCACAACAGACCUCCCAGCCCCAACAGCCGGCCCCCAUUCAACAGGCUGUGGCUCGCCGGCCUCCCAGCGGGACUAGCCCUCCCAACAGCAGCCUCCUAGGCCUGCUGCCCGCCACUGUGGCUCCCACGGCUGUCUCCCCCUGCCUGGGGCCUGCAGUCACUGCCGAGAGUGGGCUCCGCCGCGGAGCCGAAAGCAUCUUGGCCGCGCCGCCGCCAGCGCAGCAGCAGCAUCAGGAGCGGCCGGGGGCAGUGGCUAUCGGCAGCGUCAGGGGACAGAGCACCGGAAAGGGACCCCCACAGUCACCUGUGUUUGAAGGUGUCUAUAACAAUUCCAGGAUGCUGCAUUUCCUCACAGCGGUGGUGGGUUCUACUUGUGACGUAAAGGUGAAAAAUGGCACCACUUACGAGGGCAUUUUCAAGACUCUGAGCUCAAAGUUUGAACUGGCAGUGGACGCCGUACACAGGAAAGCAUCAGAGCCAGUAGGUGGGCCUCGUCGGGAAGACAUUGUGGACACCAUGGUGUUUAAGCCAAGUGAUGUUCUGCUUGUCCACUUCCGAAAUGUUGACUUCAAUUACGCUACUAAAGACAAGUUCACUGACUCGGCCAUUGCCAUGAGCUCUAAGGUGAAUGGGGAGCACAAGGAGAAGGUGCUCCAGCGCUGGGAGGGCGGCGACAGCAACAGCGACGACUACGACCUGGACUCUGACAUGUCCAAUGGAUGGGAUCCCAACGAGAUGUUCAAAUUUAAUGAAGAAAACUAUGGAGUGAAGACCACCUAUGACAGCAGUCUGUCUUCUUACACGGUUCCUUUAGAAAAGGACAACUCGGAAGAGUUUCGACAGCGGGAGCUGCGUGCAGCCCAGUUAGCUCGAGAGAUUGAAUCAAGCCCCCAGUACCGCCUACGGAUUGCCAUGGAAAACGAUGAUGGGCGGACGGAGGAGGAGAAGCACAGUGCAGUCCAGCGGCAGGGGUCUGGGAGGGAGAGCCCCAGCUUGGUGUCUAGGGAGGGGAAGUAUAUUCCUCUGCCUCAACGAGUUCGGGAAGGUCCCCGGGGAGGAGUUCGAUGCAGCAGUUCUCGAGGAGGUCGGCCUGGCCUUAGCUCUUUGCCACCUCGUGGCCCUCACCAUCUUGACAACAGCAGCCCUGGCCCUGGGUCCGAGGCGCGUGGUAUCAAUGGAGGCCCUUCCCGCAUGUCCCCCAAGGCACAGCGGCCUCUGAGAGGCGCCAAGACUUUGUCUUCACCCAACAGUAGGCCUUCUGGAGAAGCUGCUGUCCCUCCAGCCCCUGCAGUGGGCCGGAUGUACCCUCCAAGGUCUCCCAAGUCGGCUGCCCCUGCCCCAGUCUCAGCUUCCUGUCCUGAGCCUCCCAUUGGUUCAGUAGUGGUGUCCUCUGCCUCCAUCCCUGUGACAUCAUCAGUUGUGGAUCCUGGCGCAGGCUCCAUUUCCCCAGCAUCUCCAAAAAUCUCCCUGCCCCCCACAGAUGUGAAAGAACUCCCAACCAAGGAGUCCAGUAGGACUUUGGAGGCCCAAGAGCUGGCCCGGAUAGCUGGGAAAGUCCCUGGCCUUCAGAAUGAACAAAAACGAUUUCAGUUGGAAGAACUGAGGAAGUUUGGGGCCCAGUUUAAGCUCCAACCUAGCAGCUCCCCUGAGACGAGCCUGGAUCCAUUUCCUUCCCGCGUCUUAAAAGAAGAGGCCAAAGGAAAAGAGAAGGAGGUGGAUGGCCUGUUGACGACUGAUCCCAUGGGAUCCCCAGGCUCCUCCAAGACAGAGUCCACAUUGGAUAAGGAAGACAAACCACCCCUGGCAGCAGUAGGGGCUACUGAGGGACCAGACCAGCUCCUACCACCUUGCCCGAGCCAGACUGGCAGUCCCCCAGUGGGUCUCAUCAAGGGAGAUGACAAAGAGGAAGGCCCUGUUACUGAACAAGUAAAGAAGUCUACUUUGAACCCCAAUGCCAAGGAGUUCAAUCCAACAAAGCCUCUGCUGUCUGUGAACAAAUCUACCAGUACCCCAACUUCACCCGGGCCCCGUACUCACUCAACACCUUCCAUACCGGUGCUGACAGCAGGCCAAAGUGGGCUCUACAGUCCCCAGUACAUCUCAUAUAUACCUCAGAUCCACAUGGGGCCAGCUGUGCAGGCACCUCAGAUGUAUCCAUAUCCUGUAUCCAAUUCAGUGCCUGGGCAGCAGGGCAAGUACCGGGGUGCAAAAGGUUCACUUCCCCCACAGCGCUCUGACCAACACCAGCCAGCCUCAGCCCCGCCAAUGAUGCAGGCUGCUGCUGCUGCUGCUGGCCCACCCCUGGUGGCUGCCACACCUUAUUCCUCCUACAUCCCUUACAACCCACAGCAGUUCCCAGGCCAGCCUGCCAUGAUGCAGCCCAUGGCGCACUACCCUUCACAGCCGGUGUUUGCCCCUAUGCUUCAAAGUAACCCACGAAUGUUGACGUCGGGAAGCCACCCCCAGGCCAUUGUGUCAUCUUCCACCCCUCAGUACCCCUCUGCAGAGCAGCCCACCCCCCAAGCCCUCUACGCCACUGUUCACCAGUCCUAUCCACACCAUGCCACACAGCUCCAUGGCCACCAACCGCAGCCGGCCACCACGCCUACUGGGAGCCAGCCACAGUCCCAGCAUGCGGCCCCCAGUCCCGUUCAGCACCAGGCGGGGCAGGCCCCACACCUGGGCAGUGGACAACCACAGCAGAAUCUGUACCAUCCAGGGGCCCUAACAGGCACGCCGCCUUCUCUACCACCGGGACCUUCUGCCCAGUCCCCUCAGAGCAGCUUCCCCCAGCCAGCUGCUGUGUAUGCCAUCCAUCCCCACCAGCAGCUUCCCCACGGCUUCACCAACAUGGCCCAUGUUACCCAGGCCCAUGUCCAAACUGGAGUCACAGCAGCCCCGCCCCCACACCCUGGGGCUCCCCACCCGCCCCAGGUGAUGCUGCUGCACCCCCCUCAAGGCCAUGGGGGCCCCCCCCAAGGCGCGGUGCCCCCGAGUGGGGUGCCUGCACUCUCAGCUUCCACACCCUCACCCUACCCCUACAUCGGACACCCCCAAGGUGAGCAGCCUGGCCAGGCGCCUGGAUUUCCAGGAGGAGCCGAUGACAGGAUUCUAUGUAGGGUGGGCAGAAGCCACAGUCGCCGCCGCCAGGGGCUUGCUCCUGGCUCUGUCCUUUGCUUCCCUCCGUCCUCGCUCAGUUGUGAUCCAGCAGCCCCCCUCCCCACUGCCUCCCCAGCUCUCAGUGACCCCGACUGUCUCCUGACUUAGCCGAGGUAAGGUCAGCGCAGCAGACAGGGCCAGACUGGGGCGUGGGGGGCUGAGCUGGGCAACUAAGUAAGGGCUCUGGCCUACUGGGAAACAGCGAUUGACCUGUGCUUCUGACAGCCCCGAGACUCCUGGAGGAGGCCGCUCCUCCCCACACCCCCAUACCCCCUGGACGCAUUGACAGAGGGACAGCUGCUCGGGUUCUAAUGCUCCUGCUCUCUCUCUCUCCCCUCCAACCAGUUCAAUCUCAUCCCUCCCAGCAGCUCCCCUUCCACCCCCCGGGGAACUGAAGAUUGUCCUGGCCGCGACCUGAGACCUCCAUGAGUGGAGGGAAGAGUGAUCUAUGUCUCUUCCCCCAGCAGCUCGGACCAGUCCUAGCCCCGCCCCCAACCCCUUUCCCUUGGGGAGCUGGGGAAUUCCUGCCAAGCACCUUGAAUGGGAGAGGUCCUUGAAGUGGGCAGGGCUGGGGUCCAGCAGGGGUGGGGGAGGUUCCUGCUCUGUCCCUGCCGGGUCCCACCCAGUCUUGUCCUCCCAUCCUCUCAUCUGUCCCCCCACCCCCCACCCGCUGGAAACGGAAGAUCUUUUAUUUUCUAUUAUUUAUAACCUCAAACUUGGGCCCCCUGUUCUUCCCCAUUAACUUGAGUGUCCUGUGUGAGAGACCGACAGACAGAUGCCUCAAGGACUUUUACUUUUUAUUACAUAAAAAAAAUUU